GUCGCCCACUCGACGGUUUGCCCAACCUCGUCUGAGUCACGAGUGUCGGGGGCGGCUUCAAAACCGGACGGCUGCGGGAUCUUCGGAACAUUCGACAACAUGCGACGACCAAGUUUGCUGGCCUGCCUCGGCCUCGUGUGCGCGUGCGCCGCCGCCUCGCUGGCUAGCGUGGUGGACCCCAGGGGAGCGCGGCCCGUGGUGCCCAACACCCGAUCUGACAAGUGCGCCCCCGAGAAGGAGUGGCCUUUCUGCACCGACGACGACUGGGGUAACAAGUGUCCGUCAGGCUGCAGGAUUCAAGGUUUGAUGGACCACCAGGAUCACAGCCUCCUGAAGAAAAUCGAAAAGAUCCGCGAUAUGCUGCAGCAGUACCAACUCGGGUACCGCUCGGCCGAUCAAGUGACCAAGCAAACAUACGACUUCCUGAAGGAGAAGCUCAUCCUGAACUCCGGCCAAGACGACCGCUACUACAACUUGGCGCAGAGCCUUCGCCAGAGGAUCUCCGACAUGAAGGUGAAGAUCGACCAGCAGCUGCGGCUCCUGCCGGCCCUCCGCGAUCGGGUGAUUGAUCAGGUGGCCCAAAUGCAGAAACUUGAGGUGGACAUCGACAUCAAGUUGCGGUCCUGCAAAGGUUCUUGUGAGAAGUACUUUGAGCACCAGGUGGACCACGCCGGUUACGUGGCUCUGGACAAACAGAUGAACCAGCUCCAGGCCCAGCAGGUGCAGAGCAUCCAGUCUGUGCGCCAGUUGGAAGUGAUGCAGAGCAGGCCGUUGCAAGAAGCGCUCGGGGGCACCAUCUACAAGUCCAAGGCUACCAAAACGGGACAGCAAGAGAAAGACGUCUUCCACGAGGUGAAAUCCCUCCAGCUGAUUCUCGAGAUGGAAGGUUCCAUAUCCUCCCCCGCAACUAUCUCCAAAGUUCCAGGUACUUCCACCUCUUCAUCAAGCUCCUCCACGCAUUCUAAGUCCAUCACUGAGGUCUCAAGAGGCAACACCGGAGACUUGACUGGCAGCGUUAGCAGCACACAAAAUUGCGUGGUAGUGACCAAGACAAUCACGGAGAUGACCCCGGACGGCCCCGUGGAAAAACAAGAGGAGACCUUACAGGGUGGUCCCGAAUGUUCCUUUUUCUCCAGCCUGAGCCAUGUCCCCUCCUACAUCAAGACCACUCACGUGGGCGGCGUCAAAGGAAGCCAAUUGGACACAAAAUUAGACUCCCCACAGCCCUUUGCGGGGGUGGGCUACGACUUGGGAAAGUUCUUUAGUGACAACGCGGAUGAUGACGUUCCCGCCGUGCACGCUCGCAGCGUGCAAAGCGCGCAAGUCGAUCGCCAGAGCGAUUACACGGGAAAAGAUUGCGUUGAUAUCUUCCACAAGCACACCCGGGGGGAAACGAGCGGCUUGUUUAACAUCAAAGCCUCGGCCGCCGCUGACCUCGUGUCAGCGUACUGCUUCCAGGAAGGGUUGUUGGGAGGCUGGUUGUUAGUCCAGCAGAGAGAAAACGGCUUGCUCAACUUCAACAGAACUUGGGCCGAGUUCCGCGAAGGUUUCGGACGUGUGGACGCGCAGGGGAGGGGGGAGGUGUGGCUGGGCAACCAGAACCUCCACUUGUUGACCAGCCAGGGUGAGACCCUACUGAGGGUGAAGAUGCAGGACGGGGAGGGGGGCGUUCGCACUGCAGACUACAUCGUUCGCGUGGGUCCUGAGGAGGAGGGGUAUCCGUUACAUGUCUCCGGUUACAGCGGCACCGCAGGCGACGCCCUCGCAAUGUCCUCCGCGUCCCACAGUGGGAUGAAGUUCAGCACUUGGGACCGGGACAAUGACGCGGGGGCAGGAAACUGCGCGGCCACACGCGGCGGGGGCUGGUGGUACAACAACUGCCAAUUGGCCAACCUCAACGAUGGCGCCGGCGCGGUGUGGGACGGUCGGCGCCUCAAGAGUGUGCAAAUGUUUGUGCGACCUGCCACGUUAUGAAAUUCUCCUGAGUUGACCUUUGGUUCUGUUGACUUUCCACCCCUUGUUUCCAAAAUGUUCAGCACUGAACUCAAUAAACGAUCGAUGUUCACCUCA